AAUGCAAAUACCCAUGCAGGUACCUAGGCCUAUUUACAACUGUAAAAUCGAAACCCGAAACGAUUCUCGAACAGAAUCCGUCGGUUGUUGUUACUGGCCCACUGUGCAUAAUCAAUGAAAUCCGGUUAUUUCUAGUUUUCCCGAUGACGAAUCACAUUUUACCCAGAUGUCCAGGUAUUCCGAUGACUGUUAACUCUGACGCGGCAUAGGAGCAUCAUUGAAAAGACUGUGGGGCGAGCAUCCACAGAAACAGGUUCGUUGGUUCACCUCCAUGCUCUGAGCAAGGUCUAUAUACUUAUAUAGACCUUGACUUUGAGAUAUUCCUGAGGUCUUCCUAAGCCUAAUCGAUACGUGAAAAACCUCAGCCACACAUGGCAGUUGCUGUGUGUGCCUACGGACUGAUGCUUAUGCCAAGUCACGGCUUCCCUCCUCAACGGACUCGCCCCCCAUCGAGUCAGUCACUCUGCACCAGCGCCUCACUUCACCCGCACCCUGUCUCCCCCGCGAAACAAGGCCCCGUUUCGCUGAAAUAUUAUAAAACGGGAUUUAAUUAGCACUCCCAGGUGGACUCGAGGCGAGGUUGUGGGUAAUCAUAAUGGCUGAAGGGAGGAGUGUUAAAGAAAAUACUAGUUUUCGGGGGUCUGAUUCAACAGAAAGAAUUAGUACUUGUAAUGUGUCCACUGACGUUUUUAGCGAGAAAAGUGUAAAAAGGGAAGAACAUGUAUUUGACUGUAGGAAAGCGCUUUUGCAUGAUGGGAAAUACGCAACACUAAGCCCCACUCACGCCCCACAGAAUGCAGCGGCAGGAAGGAACUGGCCUUCCCGUGGGGCGCGUGCGAGUGCAAGGGCCGUAUCGGUUUCGCUUAUAAACAUUAGUGAGUCUCCGCAACUUUAUACAGUAGAACGAAAUUCGCAUGUACUUUCCACGUCCCUGCCAAAUGGUUUGGACUUAAGAAUGCCGCUCCAUUCUAGCUGGGUUCCUGAAGGGCUUCCUAACGCAGGGACUCGGGAGCACUCUUACCUAAGUAGCCAAAGACUUUCCGACCCAGAUCCUCAAAGGCUUUCUCAAUUAAGUGCUCAAGAUCACUCUAACUCACACACUGAAGAGCAAUCUGUCCUUGCAUCAAGUUCGUUCGGUGACACUUUCGAAACAGCCGGGAGUUCUUCGUCUCCUAGCGGCAUGCAGCCGCACUCGCACGACGGUCAUGCUUCGCCUCAGAAUCCUAGCGAGUCGACACCUCAUGACCAACGCCCCCAGGAGGAGGAGGUGCGUCGCUUGAGUAUAAGCAGCCUCUUCAUCUCUCAGUUCGCAAAUAAACGGAACAGAACUCCAAGCAUCUGUGUCCACCGCGUGUCCUUGCCCAGAGAGGGUCCUCCGUGCUACAGCUGCUCCACUUUUGACCUUCCGCCGAAGUACCAUAAGGUCGAUGAGCCGGGAUGGAAAUGGGCAAGAAGCAGAUUUUUACGCAUGUACCGUGGCUUGGUCUCCUUCGGCCAGCCGGGGCAGCAAGCUGACCUUCCUCUUCGCCCGGAGGGCGACUGGAAUACCCCUCCGUACACGAUCGCCCUCGGGAGCCACCAAGAACCGUCUUUAUGUACAACUAACAGUUCUUCCGACGAUGGACCCUGUGCCGAGUGUCCCAGCGGCUCGCCCCAGUCGUCGUCAGCUGUUGCGAGCAGCGCCCUCCCAACCCAGAUCCACCGCCCGCCCAUGAGUGAUGUCCCUCCACCCUACUCGCCGCCCACUCCUGCGUCACUCAUGGCAGGUCAGUCUCUGCCUCAACUAACGGAAGAUCAGUUUUUUGCCAUGCGUCGACCGACGCCGGUCGAGAUGGACCAAGUAACUUUCAACUUUCACCAAGGAUAUUGCAACAAAUCUUGCCACUGCAACUUCGUCUAUUCCCUCCUGUUGGCUAUCAUCACCUCCGUGAGUCUGCUGGGACCCGAACAACCCCUCAUCAUCCUCAUAUCUGCAGUGUUCUUCCUCACCGUCUUCCUUUACAUGCCGAUCAUAUGGGCCCUGGAAUGCCUGUUGCACUGGAGGACGCACGGGAACUGCAGAGACAUGCGCAUGACAGGACUUGGAACAGUUUCGCCCGUUUCCGUCCUGUAGAUUGGCAUUUUUUCUCUCUUUUUCUGUUUCUGUCUCUCUGUCGCUCUGUCUUUCUUUGACUGUAUCUCU